UAAGUUAAAAACCUAAAAGAAGAAGAGGAUGAAGAAGUAGUAGUAGUUGUGUGUUUUUAUAGACCUGCGUGGGUCGAUCAGCACGUGGAGAGAGGAGUUUGACUUUGUACAGGACUUUUGUUGAAAAGCUUUUCCUUCCUGGCUCGAAGUCGUCGUGGCGGCGCAGAAGAAGCAGUCAGACCGACGAUGUGGGCUAGUCUGUCAGAUGUCUGAGCAUUAAGACUCUGCUACGGAGCUCCAGCGAGUCCCUCGGGUCGCCGGGGAGACCUGUUUGCUGACCUGGCUGUGUGCCCCCUGAUCUCUUGAGAACAUGCUGCUGAGGUUCCGCUCCGUGGUUCCCUACACGCUGCCCGGUGUACUCGCACUCAUCGGCUGGUGGUGGUACGCCUCGCGUAAGAAAGAGCGUCUAAUCAGCGAUGAAAGUUCAGAGGGGCCCCCGAGCGCGGACACAUCUCACCUGGAGGGUAGAAACGGCGUGGAUGAAAACGGGACUGCCACACCUCCACGUGAAGUGGACUUCUACGGACCUCCGAGUCUAAACCACCAGAGAACACCACAUGAAAUACUUUCUCCCAUCCACACCCAGGAUGUUGAAGCAGCACAUUCCCUGGUUCAAAGUUCUGAUGAUCCUGACCCACUGAGUGGCAGACUAAUAGCAGAGGACAUCUUUACACCCACAGGUCCCACUUCGCCAUCACAUGAGGAAGAUGUGACAGGAAGUUCGUUGAAACCCCCUGGAAGGGACUUCUUAAUAGUUUCAGACGGGGAGUUUCAUUCAGAGGUGGCUCCGGGGGCCUCGAGCGAGGACGCCAUCACGUCUCACCAUGCUACCAAAGUCACCCGUUCGUCCUCUGUGACACGCCUCUCUGGUGCAGAAAGACCAGAGCCAGAGGGUGAAGUUGCUAUGCAUCAGAGCUCUGUUAACACUCAAGAUGAGAUUGUUUGUGCACUUACCCUAGCCAAAACACCAAGGGUCCUCCCAUCAGAGGCAGACUCUCUGGAGACGUGUCUGUCAGCGGAUGUACACAAACUGAUACUAACCAGUACACCCACUUCUCUCACCUUCACAGUCCAGGAUCCCACCAGCAUGCUGGUGACCUCAGAGGACAUCCGUAUCAAGAGCAGCACUCAAGAAGAGCCGAAUCUGGAGCUCCUGGCAGCUGGACUCAUCACUGAGGUCAUCUCAGCAGCCACCCAGGAAGUGCUCGGUGUCACCAAGGUGUCACCCGGUGGCAGCUCACCCGCGGUCAGAGGACAGCUUUGCUCUCUAGAGGAGCCGGUCGCAGGAACACAGCAGCACGGUUGUCACCCGAGAAGCCUUGUGCAGGGAGGCCCUGAGUGCCGAGAGGCAGCAGAUGUCCAGGGAGUGCCAAAUGGUGGCUCCAUGACUCCAGCACGGGCAGCUGCUGAGGCCAGCAACGGGGUUUGUAAAACAAAUGUCUCGUGGCCGCCGCCGCCGCAUCAGGCCUCUCCAGGUCUAAACGUGAAACGUAGAGGCGACGAGGGGACCGUCCUGACCGAAGACUCUGCCUGCAGCACCUGCCACUCUGAGGACGGCGUUAGCCUGGAGGAGCUGCAGAGCGGCGUGUUGGAAAACCAAACGGACGUCCUUCAAGUUACAGACUUGUCGUUGGAAGCCGUGCAGCCGCUGUCGUUGGUGGAGGCCGGCCCAGCAGCCCCAGAGGAGAGCUCUGUGGAUGCUGCAGGUGUCCUAAAGAGACUUAACGGGAUUGGCUCAAGAAACGGGGCUCAUGGGACAUGUGAGGUGGACACCGAUCAGUCUGGAGGUUCUGAUGUGAACAGUAUGGACUCGGUGGACAGCGGCUGCACUAUGGGAGCCUGUGAGGGCCAGGGCAACAACGCUGCCUCAUCAAACUCUGAACUCGUUAUCUGGGAGAUUGAGGUGCCAAAGCAUCUUGUAGGGCGGCUGAUCGGGAAGCAGGGGAGAUACGUGAGCUUCCUGAAGCAGAACUCUGGAGCAAAGAUCUACAUCUCCACUCUGCCUUACACACAGGAGUUCCAGAUCUGCCACAUAGAGGGUGUGCAGCAGCAGGUUGAUAAAGCUCUGGCACUGAUUGGCAAGAAGUUUAAGGACCUGGACCUGACCAAUCUGUACGCACCCCCACCACCCUCACUCUCUCUGCCUUCACUUCCCAUGACCUCCUGGCUCCUGCUUCCCAGUGGAGUGACCGUCGAGGUGGUUGUGGUGAACAUCGUGUCAGCUGGUCACGUCUUCGUCCAGCAACACACCCACCCCACCUACCACGCCCUAAGAAGUCUGGAUCAGCAGAUGUUCCUGUGUUACUCCCAGCCGGGUACCCCCGCCCUGCCCUCGCCUGCUGAAGUUGGUGUUAUCUGCGCAGCUCCAGCAGUGGACGGAGCCUGGUGGAGAGCUCAGGUCAUCACCUUCUAUAAAGACAGCGAUGAGGUGGAGAUCAGAUAUGUUGAUUAUGGAGGCUACGACCGAGUAAAGACCGACUCGCUCCGACAGAUCAGGUCAGAUUUUGUAACUCUGCCAUUUCAAGGUGCAGAAGUUCUGCUCGACAACAUCGUCCCUCUUCCAGGAGAGGAUCGUUUCUCAGCAGAAGCCACGUCGACGCUGGAGGAAAUGACCAGAGGCGUGGCUUUACUUGCACAGGUCUCAAACUACGACAACAACACGGGCCUACCACUGGUUCAUCUGUGGAACAUGGUGGGAGAUGAGGUAGUUUCGGUGAAUCGCACGCUGGCGGAGAGGAACCAGGCUGUUUGGGUGGAUGGAUUUUAACUUCUUGAUGUCAUCUGAGCUUCAGACACCUCCCACCUUCUUCCUUUUCUACUUCUGUGGUCUGGAGUCCAUGGAUAAGAUGAAUCCAUCUCCAUAAGACACACCACUGGGCCUGAGACUCGGCCCCCAUCAUGCUCCAUUCUUUUGAAGUUAAAUAAACUUUAUUUUCAGUCAUAAUUUACAAGAGAGCAGCACUGACUCUGCUCUUGUCUACCACGGUGAAGGAAAGGAGACAAAAUCUGUUUUGUUUUUUCAAACCCAUGUUCUGUUUCAGACCUGACUCGGUCUUCGCACGCUGUAGGUCAUGAAGGGAGCCGACAUCGCUCUAUUCCAAGUAAACGGGCAAUUUGAGGAGAAAAUGAGAGGGUGAUUAUUACAGCCGCCUGUGACCCUGGACUAAACGGUUUCUAACGGAUCUGCUGCUUCACACUAACCGUUAGCACUGAGCAAGCUCUUCAUCUCGUUUAGGGUGGUUUUCUUGGCGGGGUCAGAGGUCACCAUCAGCCUGCAGCAGGUUGUUCUCAGUCGUACUCUUUGUGUCAUCAAAUCUGAAGACCGUCUGGAGGUGUUAAUCCUCCUCUCAGUGACGACACGCAGACACUGUAGUGGCUUUAAACUCCGUUUGGGUGCAUUUAAACCGCUCUAGGGGAGGAACUCGAGCCGCUUGUACGGUAUUUUCAACAGCUUGUGCUCCUCGUGCGGUCCACGUCCUCUGGUUUAACAGAACGUCCAGUAGAAACCAAACUGGUACGUGUGAGUGCCGGAGGAGGAAGAGGCCAUUUUUAAAAGUAGCAGGAGGAAACGCUGCAUGAAGUGGUGCUUCUUGUUGGUAUAAAGCUAACAGGAAGUGUUGAACUAAACUCACUGUGUUAAUGUUUGGCAAACGCCUCUUUUCACCACUUGUGGUGAGCUACGAGAGCAAGGCCUUCCUGGAAGAUCAGCUUGGCUUGGUGAAAUGUUUAGCUCUGGAAUGUCCGGUCUGUUUUAUCACCGGUACGGGGACCGAUGCCCAUUACCAGUAAUGGACGACUGGUGCGUUAACUGGGAGUCAAAUGAAGUAACACGUUUGACUAAAACGAGACAUUUUAGCUCCUUCAUCACAGCAGCGAGAGCAUCAGUUCUGUGACGUUAGCCCACUCUUCCUGUUCUCCGCGGUCCUCUCGUUUGCACUAAUCACCUGAAUAAUGAGAUACUAGAACUUUCUCUUUUAAUCCUUCUCAUCCCACGAGACUGAAAUCCAACCAUUUUAACAAUGAGGCAGCUUAAUGUAGGCUAAUGAAGGGGAGGAGGGCAGGGACAGUUGGAUGUUGUGAAACAACACUAAAAACACCCCGGGGACAACCUGUGCUGCUGAUGAAGGGAAACGGGACGCGUGGCUCAGGCUGAAUCACACAGGUUGGUGCCGGACUAUCCAGACCAGCCCUUUUGGAUUUUUGACUUCCCUUUUUUCUGUUUCACCUCAUCUUGUCUUGCUUUUGUUUGAUUAUUUAUUUUUUUAUUCUCUAUAAUCCUAGAGUGAAUAUAAUUGUUUUCAUCUAGCAGUUCAUUUAUUACACCGUAAGAGUUAUCCAGGCUUUUGUCCAUUUUGUAAAUACAUGACUGUAUGUUUGUAUAACAAUGAGAGGAAAGAAGAUAUAAAGGGAACGCUAUUUUUUGUUUAGUUUGUUCCGAGUCAUCCUGCCUUCUCCUUACUGUUUUCAAGCUAAGGCUGUAAGUGUUGAGUAUAACUAGACUCUGGUGGGCGUUAAGCAGCUGUGCCCAAAAGCAUUUAAAUGAAGUGUACAGAUUUGAUUUUGCUAGACACACAUUAGGUUUGAGUUGUACAGAAAUAUAAGUGAAAAAUAAAAGUUAUUGGAAGUGGUUCUGGUA